AUGAACGCGGAAAUAUUUGCGAUCAAUGAUGUCAGACCACUUCUUGCGCGCAAAGUUCCCCUACCUCGUCUAUCUAAAUAUCAAACGAGGUACAUAUGCGAAGGGAUCGGCACGUUUAUUUUCCUGCUGACUAUCGUUUUGGCGGAGAUGAACUGUGGCGUUUCUGCCAUUGACAAUGUCCAUCACACCCGAAACUUGGCUCCAAUUGCCGAAGGUUUGGUUUUAAGUGCGCUUAUAUUUACCUUUGGUCAUAUAUCGGGUGGACACUUCAAUCCUGCAGUGUCGUUUUCUGCUUUAAUAUUGGGUGAAAUGCGUAUCGAGGAGACCGUCGCGUUCUGGAGUGCCCAGGUUAUUGGGGCUAUUCUGGGUGCCAGUUGUGGUGUGAUUAUCUCCGGUAAAACACAUCCUUUACCUGCUCCACAGAUUUAUCGUAGCACGCCCGAGUAUGUGUUGAUGGCUCUUAUUUUGGAAAGUAUUUUUACUUGCUUUCUAGUUACAGUCGUGCUGCAUAUUGCGCAUUCACAAGGUAACAGUGAUUAUUAUUACGGUUUGACCGUUGGGAUGUGCUUGAUGGCGCUGCAUUAUGCCGUAGGUGGGGUAUCAAAAGGUGCCUUUAACCCCGCGGUCGCGACGGCACUCCAAUUUAUCAAGUUCAUCGCGGCUGGCUAUGCCGCACCGCUGAUGUUUCUGUGGAUCUACUGGACGGGACCGGUGCUAGGCGCCGUAGGAGCGACGAUUUUGUUUAAGAUGACUCACCCAAUUCCCAAGAAAAGUGAGGAAGCCAUGCAGGAAGAGAAAACUGCCAGAAACUUGUACAAUUGAGCGAUGUAUCUCUGCUUCAUCGUCAAGGAAAAGCGGAAUAGAUCUGUUACUUUUGUUGGGGUUGUUUUUUUCGCAUUU